AUGUUGCUGUUCGGAAUAUUUGAGAAUGAGCGAGUAACCCUCGAGGUCUCGCCAGGAAUGAGAGUUAAGGAUUUUAAAAAGGUGAUUCAAGAAAAACUCAAUAUUUCCGACGAUUUGUGUAAAUUCGACAAAACCGUGAUAAGUUUAACCUACGCUCGUGCUGAACUUCAAGAUAUGUGGGUUCUCAGUGAUCUCGGAAUCGUGCCUGGAACGACCAUUCGAAUACAGCUCAAAGAAGAAGACAAUCCAGUGCUCUAUAUAAAAUGUUCUCACAACAACGAAACUUUGACAAUUUUUGAUGAUCUGAAUAUUGGAUCAAUGUCCGUUAAAGAUUUGAAAUCUAUGGUGUCGAAACGCACUGGUCUGCCUGUCGGAGUGUUCCGGUUGUGUACGGAUACCGGACGAGAACUGUUCGAUUGUCAUACUCUAGACAUAUAUAGCAUAGAGGCUGGAAGGACUUUACGUUUGGAAAACUGGGAUGGAUUAAACGAGUUUUUCAACCUGGCAAGUCGUGGAUUCACGAAGCAGGUCAUUGAACAGAUCAACACGGACGAUCUUCAUGGGAGAUAUUUACUCCGAGUAGCUCUUCAUAUAGCUUCGCAUUUCGGUAACGUCGAUCUCGCUCGAUCUUUGCUAAAAAUGGGGGGUCGGGCUGACGAACCCGUGGGCGAUCCCCCACAACGCCAAUGGUGUAAAGGUCUAUCUCAUAUCGACAGUUUAAAGGCUCCAAUCCAUGUAGCAACUGAAAUGGGACAGUUAGGAGUGCUAAGACUGUUCGUGAAUACCGACAUCACCCAUUUAAUGGCGGCAGACGGAAACGGGUUGUUGCCCAUGAACAUCGCGCUGAGACAGAAAGUCCAUAACUGUGCUCAAUAUCUUCUCUCUAAACAAUGGACUAAAGUGAAUUUCACUAAAACUGUUUACAUCAGCAUCAAGCUCUACUCAGCCUUAAAGAAGUGGUGCGAACUCGGUCGAGAAAAAGCCUACAUGAAAUACGGAGUAACCAAAUCCUCACUGAAGAAGCGAAACUUUGACUUUGGACCAUUGGUCAGUCAUGGCGUUCUCGUGGACGGAUUUUCAAAAAGUGCCAUGAACGGAAAACCAAAAUCUCAAGUUUCCCGCGAAGAAAGGGAGAAGCGUAAAGCGAAACAAAAUCUGGCCCUGAUAUUAGACGAAAACGCAGAGGAUGCAGAACAGUAUUUUAAAACCGUAGCCGUAACCGAUAGGCCGACUGACAGAUCGCUGGUUACAGACCGGAAUAUCGCUGAGGAACCGGAACAACCAGAAUCUGACGAUGUCACAGACGAACCUAAACGCAGCAGAUAUCAGCGAGGAAAGAAAUCCAAGAUGGCUGCUAAGUCUCAUGCCAGUGAUGCUCCGAUCCCUCUUCCGUUGAUCAGCAACGAGCAGACGUCACGACCGUUCUUCUACCUCAAUGGACUCCGCGAGGAUGACGUAAUUGAGCCGACAAUAGAACUUUUAACCAAAUAUAAAGGCGGUUCACAGAGGGAACGAGCAAUCCAAUCUUUGGUGAUCGCAAACAGUUUUAAAGAAAAACCCUGGCUGUCGCAGAUUCGCAUGGCCCUGUCUCUGUCAACGACUGCCCUGAAACGGGAUGUGAAGCGGCGGAAGUCGGGUAAAAAAGACACCAGCGUUCAGUGUUCUCUUACUCCUGUCCAUCAGAUAUCAUAA